AUAGUUAUGCAUUUGAUGAAUAAAUCUGAACUACCAUAAUCGUAUCCAACUAACAAAAUAUAUAAUUAUAAACAGUUACAUAGUUCAACUAAACAAAUACUAUCAGUAUAUGUCUGUUAUCAUUAAAUUAAUCUGAUUGGUUAGAUAUUGCAUUCAGUUCGCAUUCAAUUCACUUUAAAUUCCUGUACAAUUCAAUAAUCACAUAUCAAACAUAGACUCAACAUCAAGGUCACUCAACCGUAUUCAAACACAAUGAAAGAGACCGUUGGUUUAUGGAGAAAAUUAUGUGUUAUCAACAAAAGAUUGGAUGGGAAAAUAGCAAUCGUGACAGGAUGUAACACUGGAAUCGGUCUUUAUACAGCCAGUGAAUUAGCUCGUCGUGGUGCAACAAUCAUUAUGGCAUGUAGAAAUAUUGAACGAGCCAACAAAGCUAAAACACGUCUAUUGGAAAUGUAUGGUAAGAAUAAUGAGAAAAGUGGCGAAACAGAUAUUGCAUGUAGUCAAGUGAAGUCAUCUUUAAAGCCUAUCGAGUCAGAUCAGUUGAUCAUUGAACAACUUGAUCUGGCUUUGUUAACAUCAAUCAGAGAAUUUGUUGACAGAAUCAAAAGUAAAUACAAUAAAGUAGAUUUUCUCAUCAACAAUGCUGGACUCAUACUGCAGAACUAUACAACAACUGAAGAUGGUUUUGAAAUGACAAUGGGAGUGAAUUAUUUUGGACCAUUUCUACUGACAGAAUUGUUGUUACCAUUGUUGAGGAAUGCUGCACCAUCACGAAUAAUAAAUGUGUCAUCUGCACUGCAUAAAGAUGGAUGCAUUCUAAAACCUGAUUUGCAGUACAGUAAGGAAAAUUAUAAUGCAAUGAAGGCAUAUAGUGUAUCGAAAUUGGCAAACGUGAUACAUGCUAUUGAAUUAAAUGAACGUUUGAAAGAUAGUGGAGUAGUUGUUGUGAGUUUACAUCCCGGAACUGUCAAAACUGAAGUGCUGAGGGAUCUGAGAAAGUUUCCUAUGACUCAACAUCAAGGUCACUCAACCGUAUUCAAACACAAUGAAAGAGACCGUUGGUUUAUGGAGAAAAUUAUGUGUUAUCAACAAAAGAUUGGAUGGGAAAAUAGCAAUCGUGACAGGAUGUAACACUGGAAUCGGUCUUUAUACAGCCAGUGAAUUAGCUCGUCGUGGUGCAACAAUCAUUAUGGCAUGUAGAAAUAUUGAACGAGCCAACAAAGCUAAAACACGUCUAUUGGAAAUGUAUGGUAAGAAUAAUGAGAAAAGUGGCGAAACAGAUAUUGCAUGUAGUCAAGUGAAGUCAUCUUUAAAGCCUAUCGAGUCAGAUCAGCAUGAUAAUGUGUCAUACAUGUGGGGCUGAAUGGAACAUUAUAAAAGAAAUUAGAGAUCAUUAGGAAUGUCAUUUGAAUGGGAUAAGCAACUAUGAAAUACAAUGAUUUCGUAUAAUUCUGUUUCAAUUGUUGUUCAACCUUUAUUCAAGUUCGUAAACGGAACCAAAUGCAUGAGGUAUAUUGUGUCCCACCAUACUAUAUUCAAAUUUUAUUGAAACAGUGGAGACAAUGUGUUUAAGAAAGGUUCUCAUCAAUUUUCUUCUUCCAUAAUAUUUCGAUUUUAUUCCAGUUGAUCAUUGAACAACUUGAUCUGGCUUUGUUAACAUCAAUCAGAGAAUUUGUUGACAGAAUCAAAAGUAAAUACAAUAAAGUAGAUUUUCUCAUCAACAAUGCUGGACUCAUACUGCAGAACUAUACAACAACUGAAGAUGGUUUUGAAAUGACAAUGGGAGUGAAUUAUUUUGGACCAUUUCUACUGACAGAAUUGUUGUUACCAUUGUUGAGGAAUGCUGCACCAUCACGAAUAAUAAAUGUGUCAUCUGCACUGCAUAAAGAUGGAUGCAUUCUAAAACCUGAUUUGCAGUACAGUAAGGAAAAUUAUAAUGCAAUGAAGGCAUAUAGUGUAUCGAAAUUGGCAAACGUGAUACAUGCUAUUGAAUUAAAUGAACGUUUGAAAGAUAGUGGAGUAGUUGUUGUGAGUUUACAUCCCGGAACUGUCAAAACUGAAGUGCUGAGGGAUCUGAGAAAGUUUCCUAUGAAUAUUGUACAACCACUUAUUCGACCUUUCUUUACUACACCAUGGAAAGGUGCACAAACUACUUUAUAUACUGUAUUAACACAUAACUUGUCUCCUGGAGGUUAUUAUUCAAAUUGCACAUUGAAAAAACCUUCAAAAUCUGUUCAAAAU